GGGUUUCCGCCAUCCGUCGCUAACAUAAAAAAAGUGUUUUUUCACUUAACGCAUCUUCUUCCCCUCCCCUCGACGAAAUCUCUCAAGCACAAUGGUGUUGGAAGCAUUCGAAGCCGUCACCGUACCAUUCAACUCCGAUGGCUGGGGUCCUCCAGACGCAUCCGACACUUCCUCCACCAGCGUCGCGGCAGCGAAUCUCCUCCCUAACGUUCCCUUAGCCUCCUUCUCCCGCGCCGAGAAGCUAGGACGCGUCGCCGACUGGACCCGAUCCAUCUCCAACCCCUCCGCCCGUCCCCCAACCGGAUCCAAAUCCGAUCCCUCCUCAAUCUUCGAUUUCUCCGCCUUCGCCGUGGACGAAGGCUUCGGCCUAACAAACCCCUCCGGAAACCCCGAAGACGACUCCGCCUUCCGCUUAGUCGACGGCAAACCGCCGCCGCGUCCUCGCUUCGGCCCCAAGUGGAGGUUCAACAACUUCCACAACCGCAACCAGCUCCCCCAGCGCCGCGACGAGGAGGUCGAGGCCAAGAAGCGCGAGGCCGAGAAGGACCGAGCACGCCGCGAUCGCCUCUACAACAACAACCGCAACAACCUCCACCACCACCACCAGCGCCGCGAGGCCGCCGCGUACAAAUCCUCCGUCGAUAUCCAGCCCGAGUGGAACAUGCUCGAGCAGAUCCCUUUCUCCUCCUUCUCCAAGCUCUCCUUCUCCGUCCCGGAGCCCGAGGAUCUCCUCCUCUGCGGCGGACUCGAGGCCUACGACCGCAGCCACGAUCGCAUCACCCCCAAAGCCGAGCGUAGGCUCGAGAGGUUCAAGAACCGUAGCUUCAAAGUCACCACCAGCGACGAUGACGUCAUCAGGCGUCUUGCUGAGGAGGAUAAAGCCACCGUGUUCGCAACCGAUGCGAUCUUGGCAGCUCUCAUGUGCGCUCCGAGGUCGGUCUACUCGUAUCUUGUGAUACAGCGCGUUGGGAACAAGCUCUUCUUCGAUAAGAGAGAUGGUUCUCCUCUUGAUUUGCUGUCGGUUCACGAGACUUCUCAGGAGCCCUUACCUGAAGGGAAGGAGGAUAUCAACUCUGCUCAUUCGCUAGGCUUGGAAGCGGCUUUCAUUAAUCAGAACUUUGCUCAGCAGGUUUUGGUUAAGAACGGGAAGAGAGAGGCGUUCGAUGAGCCGAUACCUAAUGUGAGUGAAGGUGAGGAGAAUGCUUCUGUUGCUUAUAGGUAUAGGAGAUGGAAGCUGGAUGAUAGCAUGUACCUGGUGGCUAGGUGUGAGUUGCAGAGCACUGUUGAUCUCAACAACCAGAAGUCUUUCCUCACUUUGAACGCUCUCAACGAGUUUGAUCCGAAAUACUCGGGUGUUGACUGGAGGCAGAAGCUCGAGACUCAGAGAGGUGCGGUUUUGGCUAAUGAGCUGAAGAACAACGGUAAUAAGUUGGCUAGGUGGACUGCUCAGGCGCUUUUGGCUAAUGCGGAUAUGAUGAAGAUUGGGUUUGUUUCUAGGGUUCAUCCUCGUGACCAUUUUAACCAUGUGAUACUGUCGGUUCUGGGGUAUAAGCCGAAGGAUUUCGCUGGGCAGAUUAAUCUCAACACUUUGAACAUGUGGGGGAUUGUGAAGUCGAUCGUUGAUCUGUGUAUGAAGCUGAGUGAAGGGAAGUAUGUUCUUGUUAAGGAUCCGUCCAAGCCGCAAGUUAGGAUUUACGAGGUUCCGGCUGAUGCUUUUGAGAAUGAUUAUGUGGAAGAGCCUCUACCUGAGGAUGAGCAGGUUCAGCCACCUGAAGAGAGCACUGAAGCAGGAGCAGAAACUAAUGGAGCUUCAGAGGAUAAGAAACCCGCUGAUGAGGCCUGAUUAUGGUAAAUGUCAAAGAGUUGUUUUUGAGUUUCUUUACCUUUUAAAUGUUCUAAAGUUCUGCUCUUUUUUUAAGAGCUAAAACGGUUAAUUUUGCUGGUUUAUGCUUUAUCUUAGAGAGAUAUUAUUUCAAUUGUGUAAGAAUUGUUGCACCUUUUGAGUCUUGUUUGAAUUUUGAUCUAAAACGGGUAAUUUUGCUGA